CUGGGAACACCCGAAUCAUUUACAUCUUGAGACUCAAGAGGAAAAUUGAAAUUAUCCUUGGCAGAUCUCUAAAAGAUGUUGGGGAGAAGGGAAGAGAGCUGAGUUUGGGAAAGAUACAAUUAACAGGAAUACCUCCUUUCUUUUAGAAAUAUGACAGAAAAAGAGAUUCUUGAGCCAUCCGCUUCCCCCAUAUCUAUAAGGGGGAAAUCUCCAGAAGGGUUGCAGAAGCUAAAGCAGUUUUUCCAACGCAAGCCCAUGGAGGAGGAGCCUACCUCAGAGGAGCCACAAGCCAACGGGGAGCUGGUCAGCUCUUCCGGGGGAACCAUCUACUACUAUGAGGAAGUGGAGGAGGAGGAGGAAGAGCCUGAGCCACCACCUGAGCCGGAAAAACCAGUUAACGACAAACCUCACAAAUUCAAGGAUCACUACUUCAAGAAACCUAAGUUUUGUGAUGUCUGUGCCCGCAUGAUUGUCCUCAACAACAAAUAUGGCUUGAAAUGCAAGAACUGCAAAACUCACAUCCAUCAUCACUGCCAAAGUUAUGUGGAAUUUCAGCGCUGCUUUGGCAAGAUACCUCCAGGUUUCCGCCGUGCUUACAGCUCUCCAUUGUACAGCGCCCAACAACUUUCAGGUGCUAACCGAAAUGAUCCUGUCUUCGAUACCCUACGAUCAGGUGUUAUCAUGGCAAACAAGGAGCGCAAGAAAGGGCAGGAUAACAAAAAAAACCCUUUGGCUGCCAUGAUGGAAGAAGAAACAGAAGCCCCCAAACCAGAAAGUGACAAACCAGAGGGAGGAAAUCCAGAAGGACAGAAAGCAGAGAAGAAUACCCCGGAUGACAAGAGUAAGAAGCAGCAAACUGGGUUCCCACAGUCUCACUACUUUAUUGCACUAUAUCGCUUCAAAGCCUUGGAGAAGGAUGACUUGGAUUUCCACCCUGGGGACAAAGUUGCAAUUGUUGAUGACUCCAAUGAAGAAUGGUGGCGGGGGAAGAAAAUUGGGGAGAUUGGAGAAAAAAUUGGAUACUUUCCGCCAAACUUCAUUAUCCGAGUGCGUGCAGGAGAACGUGUGCAUAAGGUCAUGAGAUCCUUUGUGGGCAACAAAGAAAUUGGUCAGAUUACAUUAAAAAAGGAUCAGAUUGUGGUACAGAAAGGAGAGGAGCUGAAUGGGUAUGUCAAAGUCUACACUGGCCGCAAAGUGGGACUCUUUCCUGCAGACUUCUUGCAGGAGAUCUGAGGUCUAACCCUGGCAUUCACAAGGAUUUCAUAACCAAGGCCAGAGAAGGCCAGAGCGAUUGAGUUUUCGUUACCAGAUGCCAACGCCUCUCUUGAAGAAACCAGAGUUUCUAUAGGUCCGUGGUCCAAGAGCUACGACAUCACCGGAAGGCCUGUAUCAUCAGCGAGCCAGGAUUCAAGGCAAGAAGCUUAUCUAUCUGCCACUGGAGAGAGGACUCAGUGCUUCUCUUGAACUAUGCACUGGCAGAUUCUGGAAUGGGUUCAGCCAUUAUCUCUUUAUGAUCUUGUCAUGAAGGUGCUGGGAUGCGGACAAAGCUGCUCUACUUCUUGUCUGCGAAGAAAGUGAUUGGAUGGAUUGACUGGCAGAAUUGACAAAUGGCAAGAGUUACUGCUGCCGCCCCUUGUAGGUGGCACUAAAAUGUGCACGCAUUUACUUCAGGAUAUGGCUGUCCCUUUGCUGGCAGAGGGGGAGCUUGGCUCCUAGUUUACUUGGAUGGCUUAGAUUCAGUUGUGUUUUGCCAAUAUCUGUUACCCUUUUCUAUCCCUCACUUGCCUAGCUGGGUUGAUGCAAAGCCGCAAGUUUCUGGAUUAAUAAAGAAUAUUUGUAGCUCAGGGUUGACAUGAGGGGUCCUUUGUGCUCUCCAAGUUUGGAGGUUUUUGGGUUUUUUUGCAGACAUUUCAUUACCUAAACUAGGUAACAUUAUCAGUUGUAGUCACUGGUGAUGUUGCCUAGUUUGGAUAAUGAAACAUCUGCAAGAAAAUAACCAAGCUGAGAAAGUUCCAAGGACCCCUCAAUUUCUGUAUUUGCUGUCAAUUGCUGGGAGGCUAUGAAAUUGUUCUGCUCCCUUAAAUUGAACUGAUAUUUAUAUUACUUUGUUAUCCUUCAAUAGCUUGAAGGCACUUGUUUGGGUGCCUUCAAGCUAUUGUUGACACCUGGCAACUGCCUGGUCUACUCCCUGUAUUUUUCUUAGCAAGAAUUUUCAGAAGUAAAACCUUGCUAAGAAAACUUUGCGUGCCUCCUAGGGCGGAAGGAAAAAGAGUCACUGGCCCAAAGUCACUCAUCUGGCUUUGUGCCUAAAGUGGGACUAGAACUCACAGCCUCCUAGUUUUUAGCCUGCUGCUUUAACCACUGCACCAGGCUGGCUCUUAUCCUCUUCCACUACUUUCCUUCUGUUAUGAAAUUAUGGUUGGUCGCACAGUAGCCAGAUGUUUAGAUUGCACUUUGCAAUUAUUGUCCACCUAUUUCACCCUUCCCAAGGAUCUGGGAUAGGCAGAUGUAAUUGUUUAAUAAUAUUAAGGGUAUUGUUGCAAUAUAUGCUGUGCCUUUUGCAAUGGAUGGUGAUUUGGUUAAUGCUGAUGUCAUUCAAGCUCCAGACGUUUUGGAAUUACUCCAAAGGGGCCUGUAAUUAUUGUUACUAUCUUUGCUUUCUUUUUUUUUUUGCCAUAGUUCUACUUUUAUUUACAGGCCUUUUUUCUUUUGUGAUUUUUCUCUAGUUCUUUCUCUUCUAUUCUGCCGUCUCCAGGUACUGCAAUAUAGCAAUAGCACUUAGACUUAUAUACCACUUCGUAGUGCUUUCACAGCCCUCUCUAAGCGGUUUACAGAGUCAGCCUAUUGCCCCCAACAAUCUGGGUCCUCAUUUUACCCACCUCAGAAGGAUGGAAGGUUGAGUCAACCUUGAGCCUGGUGAGAUUUGAAAUGCCAAAUUGCAAGCAGCCGGGAGUCAGCAGAAGUAACCUGCAGUACUGCACUCUAACCACUGCGCCACUGCGGCUCAAUAUCCACAGAUUUUUUUGUCACUAUUUAUUUUGCACCAUCCCUUUCUAUGCUCUCUUCUGCCUCUACUUAAUGGCAGAGAUCUGAUGUGCUACUUGUUUUUAUUUUAAGCGGUAUUUCUUCUGCCAUGCCUUUGUUUGUUUAUAUGACAUGAGUGUGCAAAGUUCCUAAGAGCUCCAUAAAGUGGGGAAGCUACUUGAUUAUCAAAAGGCCACUGACUGAUCUGUAUAUCGCUCCCAGGAUUUUCAUGCAAAAUAGAAAGAGGUCUAAACUCAAAAUUCAUCUGGAACAGACAAAUCUUUAGUAAAGGGAGAGCCAUGAAUAUAACCUUUUUAUUGGGUCGUAUUUUUAAUGUUUGAAACUGCCUUCCUGAACACAUCCGUCUCAUCAGGGACUGGAGAAAAAGCUCUUUUCCCCCUUUUCUCCAGAUCACUGGAGGCAAUUAUUCAGGAGGCCCUAUAAAUCAGGCUAGGCAAUUGGUUGCUUUCUAGGCAUUUUGGAUUACAAUUGAACUAUCAUAAAGACAACAUGGUCAAUAGCUAGGAAUUAUAGCUAGAUACCUAGCAAGUGAUGCAAUUUUAGCAUCCAGAUAGUGUGUAUAUUCAGCUAAUGCUAGCUACAGCUCUUUACUUUAUCCCAUCAAUUUACUCUGCCUGUUUAUAUCUUGCAAUGUAAUUCAUACAUGUUAUUGUGCAGAAUUCUCAAAUGCUAGGAGUUCCUUGUACACGGACGCACUUGUGUUUAUUUUCACAAAAAGUCACGCUCAAUAAAUUUGUGCUGAGA